CCUCGGGUCUCCGGCCCCGCGCUGCUUGCCUCUAGGCAGGGUCAUGAGCCAGCCAGGCCCGUGCCGGUCCCUCGCCUGGAAGGCCGUCCUGACCGUCGCUCUGGUGCUCGUGUACUACAGCUUCUCCAUCGGGAUCACCUUCUACAACAAGUGGGUGAUGAGAAAAUUUCAUUUUCCUCUCUUCAUGACACUGGGACAUUUUGCGAUAAUCUAUGUGCUGUCUUGGGUAAGCCGAUUGCUUGUGGAGUGCUACUCGGGCAAAUCACGCGUCUGCCUCCCGUGGAAACUUUAUCUGAAGAAGGUCGCUCCCACUGCUUUGGCCACGACUCUGGACAUCGGGCUGUCUAACUGGAGCUUCCUAUUCAUCACCGUGUCCUUAUACACAAUGACAAAAUCAACUGCUGUCUUAUUUAUUUUAUUUUUUUCCGUAUUAUUCAAGCUAGAGAAAAUGAGGCCGUGCUCAAUCAUAGUGAUCUUGUUAAUAGCAGGAGGCCUCUUCAUAUCCACUUACAAGGCAACCCAGUUUAACCUGGAGGGAUUCAUCCUGGUGUUGUCAGCAUCGUUUAUUGGUGGACUGCGAUGGGCAUUGACCCAGAUUCUAACCCAGAAGGCAGAGCUUGGGUUGCAGAAUCCUAUUGAUGCCAUUUAUCAUCUUCAGCCACUAAUGUUUAUUGGCCUCUUCCCGCUGUUUGUAUACAUUGAAGGACUAGGCUUGGGUGUCUCAGAGAAGCUCUUCCGCUAUCACGAUAUCUCUGCUCUGCAGCAUAUGGUGUGUGUGUUGGCUGGCGGGGGCUUUCUGGCAUUUGGGCUGGGAUUCUCUGAGUUUCUACUGGUUGCCAAAACCUCCAGCCUGACUCUGUCCAUUGCAGGCAUUUUUAAGGAAGUGUGCACUCUGGUGCUUGCCGGCUACCUGAUGGGUGACCAGCUGAGCUUGCUGAACUGGCUGGGAUUUGGAGUGUGUCUCUGCGGGAUCUCACUACAUGUUGCAAUGAAAGCCAUUUACUCAGAAGAUUCGGCUAAGGACAUGAGGCUCCACGACUUGAACCAGAGUGAGUUUGACAUGGAGUUGCUGCUGAAGAAUGGAGAAGCAAAUGAAGACAGUGAGAGAGAGGAGAGCAGCAGACAGCUGUGAGGUCCCUUCACACACUGUACAUUUUAGGAUCCCAGGAUCCUGCUUCACACACUUACAUUUGCCAUGCAAAGACAUGCCUGUGUUGUUAAGAUUUAAUCUUGUGUGUAAUUUAUUCCAGUCUGUGAUUGGAACCCGUCUGAUUGGGCCCGUUUGUACACGAAAGGUGGAAGUAGCCCUCUGAGCGACACUACAACCAAUUAAUAAUUUAAUGCUUCUAAUUGAAAAUAUAUGUGGCUAAUACCCAAUUCGUACUGCACUUUUUGCUAGGUUUUAUAGAGGUAUAAGUUGAACUCCACAAUGGUAAAUUGGAGCACAGCUUCCCAAACCACUUUGAGAUGGUUUUGGUGAGACACCAAUUUGCACUGCAGGAAUUUAACUAAUUCACACAAAAAGAGAGAUGAAUAUUGGGAAAUGGACAAUCCAGCGAGGUGUUGAGGCAGAUUGUAUCGGCAAAUUCAGGAGGCAGUGGGGUGCUUAGUUAUUUCAGAGCGUGUUGUGCAGGAAGAUUAAUUACUUUUAUUUGCUUUGGGACCAUUCAGCUGGUGAGCAAUGGCUUUUCCUGAUCCUGUACAUUCCUAGGUUCGUUCGUAUGAUGUGAAUUGAUUGGGCCUUCUGCUCAGAAAUUAUCUUGUAAAAGUUCUUCGUUAAUAGGAAUCAAUCUAAAAAUAUUAUUAGAGCCAAUAUAUGGGUGCUUGCUGAUUCUGAGAACUGGUGUAAUUGGUGAAUCUGAAUCACUUGUCAGGAAAUGUGAAUCACUUGUCUACUGAAAGGGAAGCCUCCUGUUCUGUAAAAUUGGGAAGCAGCACAAUCAAAAAGCCAUUUAAUUAAUUUAAACUGGUCAUUUCAGUCUUUGAUAGUUAAGAGGUAAAACGAAUAAUAGCAACAACAAAAUUACAUUUGUAAAGCGCCUUUCACAUCAGGAGGA